AUGGCAAUCGCAUCAUUGGGAAAGGGAACUAAGCUCGACGCUGCUGAGGUUCGAGCACUGGUCAAGGCGGCCGGUCUAUCAUUAUCCGACAGCGCAAUCGAAGACUGGCGUUCUCUCCUGGGUUCGCUGGAAGACUGUGCACAGCUCGUUUUUGAAGAGGACGACGGGCUGCCUAUUCCAGAUCCAGAUCGAUAUAUCAGGACCGAUAUUCACGUUCCAGAGGACAACAACAAAGGCGGCUGGGCGACACGAUGUACAGUUAAGAGCGCCGCUCCUACAAGCGCUUUGCUCGCCGGACGCACCGUGGCAGUGAAGGACAAUGUUGCCCUUGCAGGUGUCAGGUGUACCAAUGGUCUUCCGCCUGUCAACGGAGAAUGGAUUCCCACGUAUGAUGCCACUAUAGUAACCAGAGUACUGGACGCUGGCGCCACAAUCACAGGGAAAGCUGCCUGCGAGAAUGCAUGCAUGGAACCGAUCUCCAACACUUCGUACACCGGCGUCGUCCAUAAUCCGUUCGCGGAUGGCUAUACCUGUGGAGGUUCGAGUAGUGGAUCGGGACGAUUGGUCGCGAUUGGCGCUGCAGAUAUGGCUUUAGGAGGAGACCAGGGAGGGUAUGUAACAAUCACCUUCGGCCCGAGCACGCCGAAGGCUCUCCUGAAGGUAAUCCUGCGCCUAACGAAGGUGAUGUACAGGUCGAUUCGCAUUCCAGCCGCGUUCUGUGGCAUCGUCGGCCACAAGCCGACCUGGGGCCUGGUUCCCUACACGGGUAUUCUUGGACUCCAAUCCGUCAUCGACCACACUGGGCCGAUGACGGCUAACGUCCGCGACAACGCUCUUCUGCUCGAAGCCAUCGCCGGACCCGAUGGGAUCGACGACCGCCAGCCGCCGUUCAUGGCUCCGGAAACCUUGCGUUUCUCCAGCGCGCUGGACGAGUUCCUCUCCACCGGAGCCACCAAGCCGCGCGACCAACUCCUCAAAGGGUUCAAGGUUGGCGUGCUGAAGGAGGGCUUCGCCGCCAAACAGAUGGACCCGAACGUCGCGACAGCAUGCCGUUCGGCCAUCUCGGACCUCAAAGACAUGGGCGCCGAGGUCGUCGAGGUCUCGGUGCCGAACCACGAGCAAAUCUGCAUCAUAUGGUCGUGCGCCCUGCCCCUGCGCGGCGGUCGGGAAGCGCUCCUCGGCGACACCACAGGACGCAAACAGCUGGAGAUGACGGACCGCGGCGUCGUCGCCGCUCCUGCCACGGGGCCGAGUGAGAAGGCACUGCUUUCGCAAGAGUUCUUCGACGCCCUCGGCCCGGGGGCUCAAAACCUGUACAUGCGGUACCUGUACGUGAACAACAAAUACGGCGCCAGCUUGCACGCCAAAGCCACCAAUCUGCUGGCCAAAGCCACGCGCGACUACGACGCGGUGCUCGCGUCCGUCGACGUCUUGGUCAUGCCCACCGUGCCGAUGCCAGCGUUGCCGUUUCCCGGCGGUGGACCGGACACGAACCCCUCGGGGCGCUUUCAGGGCGGACCGCUCGAAAGUCUGUCGUAUCCGCUGGGCGUGCUCAGCAACACCGCCCAGUUCAAUUCGACCGGCCAUCCGGCCCUUUCCCUGCCUGUAGGAUUUGUGCCCGCAGCAGACAAUGCGGACGUCAAGUUGCCGGCCGGACUCCAGAUUGUCGGCAAACGCUUCGAGGAUCUGACAUGCUAUAAAGUGGCGGCGGCGUGGGAAGGGCAAAAGGACUGGAAGACCCUGCUGUUUGCGCAGUAG